GGAGCGAGCAGUCAGCUGACCUUCGCUGGCACCCACGUCCCCGUGGCAGGACCAGGGCCCAGGCCGCCUGGCCCGACGUCGUCCAAUGGAGCCCCAGGCCGAGAAGCCAGGAGAGGCGGACGGGGUGCGCGUCACCCCCCGGCUGCUCAAGGCGCGCUCGGGUGAGUUCGCCCUGGAGUCCAUCCUGCUGCUGAAGCUCCCGGGCCUGGGGCUGGCCGACCUGGGCUGCCUGGGCGAGUGCCUGGCCCUUGAGUGGCUGGACCUGUCCGGCAACGCCCUCACCCAGCUGGGCCCGCUGGCCUCCCUGCGCCAGCUGGCCGUGCUCAACGUCGCCAACAACCGGCUGUCGGGGCUGGAGCCGCUGGCCGCCUGCGAGAGCCUGCAGAGCCUCAAUGUGGCGGGCAACCUGCUGGCCGCCCCCGGGCAGCUGCAGUGCCUGGCCGGCCUGCGCGGCCUCGAGUGCCUGCGGCUCCGGGACCCGCUGGCCCGGCUCAGCAACCCGCUGUGUGCCAGCCCUUCCUACACCGCGCUGGUCCGGGAGCUGCUGCCCGGCCUGAAGGUCAUCGAUGGCGAGCGCGUGACUGGCCGCGGCAGCGAGUUCUACCAGCUCUGCCGCGACCUGGACAGCUCGCUGCGCCCCGGCUCCAGCCCGGGCCCGAGGGUCCCCGAGGCGCAGCCCUGGGUGGAGCCGGGGUACUGGGAGUCCUGGCCCACCCGGAGUGGCUCCAUCCUGGAGGAGGCGUGCCGGCAGUUCCAGGACUCGCUGCGGGAGUGUCAGGAGCUGGACCGCCAGGCCCGAGACAGCCUGGCCCGGGCCGAGCAGGCGCUGGGCCCUGCGGGCAGCACCUCGUCCUUCGUGUUCUGAGUGUGCCCAUGGCCUUUGACAGCUGGGCAUGUGGCCCUGGGGUUGGCGCACUGUGGCCAGGCUGCCCAUGUCUCCCCUCUUGCCUCGGGACACGUCCACAUGCGCUCAUCGGGCCGGUCACCAGGCCACGGGGCGCAGACUGGGCCCUUCAUUUAUCUGUGUUCCUAAGAGCAGCACCUGCAUCCUACUCCUGCCCCAAGGAAAACCCCAUACCGUCCCCCUGUUGCUUCAAGGACACACCUCCUUGGUGGCCUCUAGCACGUGUAAGGACCCUGUCUGCCACCUGCGCUGUGCGUCUGUGAGGAGGUCACGGGCUGAGCCAUGUCCACAGCCGCCGCCCCUGGUUGCAAGGGUCUGAGACUGGAGGGAAGAAAGUCGCUUUUUCCGAAGGCUGAAGGUGAGAAAGGCCAGGAGCGCGUGUCCGCUGUCCCGGCCAGUCCUGAGGUGGACACGGCAGAGCACGGAAGCUGGCGUGGGCCAGCCACCUUCCAAAUGACCCUCUGCAGUGGUCCCCCCGUCCCGUGGCACCCUGGAGCCUCCGCUGCCUGUCCUCACCCACGCUGAUCCCUAGUAAAUCUUUCUGUUUAGGAGGCA